GCUCUCGCGAGACAAUAGGCGUAAACGUCGCUAGUAGCCCAGGCCCAGGACGGUCGGUAUCGUCUCUCCGUGGUCUGUACGGAAGCCUGCAGGGGCCGCACUGCCUCCAGCUCCUGGAGAUAACCGACACUGGCGGUCGGCUGAACAUCUUGUUAAAAAAAAAAACAUAGGAGACGAUGGAGGCUACAGAAGAAGAUGACAUAUGCAGGGUCUGCCGCUCCGAAGGAACCGCAGAGAAGCCGCUCUAUCACCCCUGUGUGUGCACGGGCAGUAUUAAGUUCAUCCAUCAGGAGUGCCUGGUGCAGUGGCUGAAGCACAGCCGGAAGGAGUACUGUGAGUUAUGUAAGCACAGAUUUGCCUUUACCCCCAUCUACUCCCCGGACAUGCCAUCGCGGCUGCCCAUCCAGGACAUCUGUGCCGGACUCAUCACCAGUAUUGGCACCGCCAUCCGCUACUGGUUUCACUAUACGCUGGUGGCGUUUGCGUGGCUUGGCGUGGUGCCCCUCACAGCGUGUCGCAUAUACAAGUGCUUAUUUACCGGCUCCGUGAGCUCCCUCCUCACCCUCCCCCUGGAUAUGCUGUCCACGGACAACCUCCUGGCGGACUGCCUGCAGGGCUUCUUCGUGGUCACCUGCACCCUCUGCGCCUUUAUAAGUCUGGUCUGGUUACGAGAACAGAUCGUCCACGGCGGGGCCCCCCUGUGGUUGGAUCAAAACCUCCUGCCGCCUCCACCUCAAAACGGCCAGGGCCCCCAAAACGAAGCACAGGGCCCUGGCAACGUCCCGGCCGACAACGGUGCCGUGGACCAACCUGCUGUUCCGCCAGUGGAAAAUGUGGUGGUGGGUGAAAACCCUGAGCUGCCGGAAGAUCAAGCGGAAGACGAAGAGGACGACAACGAAGACGACGCCGCGGUCGAAGACGCUGCCGACAUAAACAACGGUGCACAAGACGACAUGAACUGGAACGCCUUAGAAUGGGACCGAGCUGCGGAAGAACUGACUUGGGAGCGGAUGCUGGGCUUGGACGGGUCGCUGGUUUUUCUUGAACAUGUUUUCUGGGUCGUGUCCUUGAAUACCCUCUUCAUCCUUGUGUUUGCUUUCUGUCCUUACCACAUUGGACACUUUUCUGUCGUUGGGCUCGGGUUCGACUGGUACGUAAAAGCCUCCCACUUCGAAGGACUCCUGACCACCAUAGUCGGCUACGUCCUGCUGGCAGUCACCUUAAUCCUCUGCCAUAGUUUGGCCGCCAUUGUCAAGUUCCAGCGAUCCAGAAGAAUAUUGGGCAUCUGCUACAUCGUGGUGAAGGUCUCCUUACUGGUCGUGGUGGAGAUUGGCGUCUUCCCCCUCAUCUGUGGCUGGUGGUUGGACAUUUGCUCACUGGAGAUGUUCGAUGCCACCUUGAAAGACCGAGAACUUAGCUUUCAGUCCGCGCCUGGGACCACCAUGUUUCUUCACUGGCUUGUGGGAAUGGUUUACGUCUUCUAUUUUGCUUCCUUCAUCCUCCUCCUACGAGAGGUGCUGAGACCGGGAGUUCUGUGGUUUCUCCGAAAUUUGAACGAUCCAGAUUUCAAUCCUGUGCAGGAAAUGAUUCACCUGCCGAUUUACAGACAUCUCCGAAGGUUUAUAUUGUCCGUCAUUGUCUUUGGCUCCAUUGUCAUCCUCAUGCUCUGGCUCCCCAUUCGUAUCAUGAAGUACGUGCUGCCCACCUUCUUACCGUACAACGUUAUGCUCUACAGUGACGCCCCUGUGAGCGAACUGUCCUUGGAGCUACUACUUCUUCAGGUGGUCCUGCCGGCUUUAUUGGAGCAAGGACAUACCAGGCAAUGGCUGAAAGGUCUCGUCAGAGCCUGGACUGUAACCGCUGGAUAUCUACUGGAUUUACACUCUUAUCUUCUCGGAGACCAAGAGGAGAGUGACAACCAAGCUAACCAACAGGCUGCCAACAACCCGCUGAUCCGAAACAAUGCCGCUCCAGUGGUCGGGGAAGGUUUGCAUGCAGCUCAUCAAGCCAUAUUGCAGCAGGGCGGCCCUGUGGGAUUUCAGCCGUACCGUAGACCCGUCAGAUUUGCUCUGCGGAUAUUUUUAUUAAUCAUUUUUAUGUGCAUCACGUUACUGAUUGCUAGCCUAGUUUGCCUUACGCUGCCAGUAUUUGUAGGACGUUGGCUGAUGUCUUUUUGGACUGGAACUGCAAAAAUCCACGAGCUAUACACCGCCGCCUGCGGCCUCUAUGUAUGCUGGCUGUCCAUUAGAGCUUUAACCGUGCUGGCUGCGUGGAUGCCGCAAGGACGGAACGUGAUCCUUCUAAAAGUGAAAGAGUGGUCCCUCACCAUUAUAAAGACCCUGAUUGUGGCGAUACUGCUGGCUGGCGUUGUCCCUCUCCUGCUUGGUCUUCUCUUUGAGUUGAUCAUCGUUGCCCCUCUUCGGGUUCCUUUGGAUCAGACCCCCCUCUUUUAUCCAUGGCAGGACUGGGCCCUCGGUGUUUUGCAUGCAAAGAUCAUCGCCGCCAUCACUCUGAUGGGUCCUCACUGGUGGUUGAAAGCCGUCAUAGAGCAAGUAUACGCCAACGGGAUCCGCAAUAUCGACCUCCACUUCAUACUUGGCAAACUGGCCGCACCGGUCAUCGCCGUCCUCUUGCUGUCGCUGUGUAUACCGUACAUUAUAUCUGCCGGCAUUGUCAAUGUCAUCGGGGUCACCUUUGAAAUGCAGACUCUAGUUCAGCGCCGCAUAUACCCGUUCUUACUGAUGGUGGUGAUAUUAAUGGGGGUACUGUCUUUCCAAAUCCGCCAGUUUAAGCGGCUGUACGAGCACAUUAAGAAUGACAAGUAUCUUGUGGGCCAGCGCCUUGUGAAUUAUGAACGCAAAUCUGGAAAAUCCAAAACCUCGCCUUUAACGUUUCCUUCCCAUUUGGCGCGGGAGUGAAGGGGACAAAGACUCCCUAGAAACUGCUGAUAACCUUUCUUAGAGGAAUGUAGUAGCAUCGGUGGUCCACAGCACCGCACUCUCAUAAUGUUAGGACAGGACUCAGAAUGCCAUUGUGAUUAUUGAGUUUGUGUGGAUUGUAAGCUUGGAGCAGGAACAUGGGGGUUAUCUCAUGAAGAAUUUUGUCAAUAUCUUUAUUGUAAAUCUUAAAAACCUUAUAAAUUUAUUAAAAAUGACAAGGUGUAAUUUAA